AUGGAAACCAGCAAGACCUCCUCGACGGUUGCGGUCGUCGACAUCGGCGAGCACCUCUUCAAGGUCGAGAACCACUCCCUGCUAACAGGCGCCAACGCGAGCAUCACGUCCGAGACCUUCCGCGUCGGAGGCCACGACUGGGCUAUCCAAUACUACCCAAACGGCGACGCGUCCAUUGUUGAUGGCCAGUUCAUGUCUAUGUACAUCAAUUUGGUGAGCAUCAUCGAGAGCGAUGUCACGGCAUCUUUCUCCUUGUGCUUACAGGAUCGCGCAUCGGAGGUGAUGGUUGAAAAGAAGAAAAGAAGCUUUACCAAAACGUUCUUGCCGCCAAUGAACCCGAAGAAUUGGGGUUACGGCCAGUUUAUGAGUAAAGAUGAUUUGGCAGCUUCCGGGAGCCUCGAGGAUGACUGCUUGUCGAUCAAGUGCACCGUGGAGAUCACCCAGCUCAUGGCCGAGGACGACGACGACCAUAACAGUAGCAUCACCGUCCCACCCUCCAACUUAAGCGCUGAUGUCGGCAAUAUUCUAGAGAGCGGCCUCAAGGCAGACCUCACGGUCAAGAUCGGCAAGUCCUCCCGGAGUUUCAACGUGAACACAUGUGUGCUCCGCGCGAGGUCGCCGAUUUUUGAGGUCCUCCUGCACUACAUAUACAAAGAUUGUCUACCUGGGUUCAUGGAGGAGGCCACAGAGGAGGCUACAAGCAUGGCGCGGGAUUUGCUUGUUGCGGCCCAUGGAUACGGGAUUCAACGACUGAGAGUGAUGUGCGAGAGCAGGCUGAGCCAAUCGCUAGAUGUCCAGAAAGUGAGUUCCACUUUGGAUCUGGCGGAGCAGUACCAGUGUCAGCAACUCAAAGAAUCCUGUCUCAAGUAUAUGGCAAAAGACGUCCAGAGGUUGCGAGCCAUAAGAAAGACUAAGGGGUUCAAGCAGUUGAUUAAAAACCACCCAGUUAUCGUGGGUGAUAUUCUCGACAAAGUUUCUGACAAACUUAGUCAACAAGCUGCAACUACUCCGGCCCCGGCUCCGUGA